UUGUUGCGUGUAGACAAGCGUCACAGUUUUCUAGUUUUCUCGCUUCAACCGAGCGUCAAUAUCCUACCGAGUUACCUGGAUAUAUCAUCUUCAGGAGAUUUACCCCGUUAGACACGUUUCUGUCGACGGAAAGCAACAAAAAUUUCGAUGUCAUUCUCAAGUUUCUUUAGUGGAUCGGAUGAGUCAUCUUCCCAGUCAACGUUUCGCCCCACGGCUACGUCUUCUACAGCCGCGUCGACGUCGACGUCGUCCGUCGCGGUAUCUCAACCAUCUAACGCCUCUCUACCUCAACUCACUUCAAUCUCAAUCGAACUGAUCAAUGCAGCAGAGAGAGGCGACAUUGGCGCCGUGCGUCGAUGCCUGAGGGAGAACGCAGACCCGAACGCGUUGGCUGGCGAGAUGAGACGAAGCAGCAUGCAUCGCAGCAGUGCAUAUGGACAUGUCGAUGUCGUGCGGCUCUUACUCGAUGCAGGAGGAAGGACGGAUCUUAAGUCAUUGCCUGGUCGGACUCCAAUGCAUGAGGCUUGUGUGUGUGGGCACGUGGAGGUUGUCGAGCUCCUCGCCGUGAAUUCGGACGUCAUCGACCUUGCAGAUCGAGAACGACGGACGCCUGCUCACGUGGCUGCGUUUCACGGCGAAGCUCAAUGUCUGGACAGUCUGUGCAAGCAUGGAGCGGAUGCCUCACUUGAAGACAGGCAUGGCUGCACGCCUGCGCAUCUCGCCGCUCAGAAUGAUCAUGCGGUCGCUCUACAGUGUGUUAUGGAUCGAGGAUUCGAUGCUGAUUCGAGAGAUCGACAAGGCAGGACGCCGGCGCAUUAUGCGGCUAAAGGAGGGAGUAUGGAGUGUUUGAGAUUGAUGGUGAGGACGGUUGUGGAUGUGACGUGUGGUGAUGCGUUGGGGCUGCAGCCAGUGCACGUGGCUGCGUCGAGUGAUAAGUUGGAGGGCAUGAAGUAUUUACUCGAGCAUGGAGGAAAUGUGGGGAGUGUUGACAAACAGGGAAGGACAGUGCUACAUAUGGCUGCUCAUGGAGGUGGACAAGAAUGCCUUCAUUGGCUUCUACAGUCUGGAGCCGAUCCAAAUGUCAGAGACUCCUCCGGAGCAACCCCUGCUCACCUCGCUGCAGCAAACGGUCACAUCCAGUGCGUCAACUGUCUCAUCCACCACGGUGCCACGCCCUCCAUACUCAACUCACGAGGAGACGACGUUCUCGCGACCGCCAAACGCCACCGACACCCAGUCGCCGUCAGCAGAGCAAUAAACAACGAAGUGAAAUGCGCGCUCUGCGAAAAACAGAGAAAACGAAGAAUCCGGGAAAUAGCCAACAGACCGACUUCAAUUGAGUCAAAUAUAAAUCACUCACAGUCGACAAUAUUCAAGGCAUUUGCGCUUGACAAGGAGGCUGGUGGACAGGCGAGACGUAGCGUCGACGGCUUGCGGAAGAAAACCGGAAAGAAAGAGGAUGCGACUCGAUUGCCGAGACGAGAAAUGGCGGCGAAAUAUUUCGGAGAACAAUUUAGUGAUUUUGUGUAAUUUUAAUGAUAUAGAAAACGUUACUUUUGUUGUUUGACUGAAUGACACGUUCACUUGUCGAAGAGCGCUCUCAGAAUCGCAUGAUAA